AUGACAACGAGACACGAGAUGAAUCUGGAAGUCUGCCACCUCGGAGCAAGCGAGUUCGCGCAUGUGUGGUUAUCCCAAUAUGUCAAGCGUGCAAGUUGUAUAUAUGCGGACGCAAUCACCAGACAGACGCGACCAUCUCUCGAACUGAGAAGCUUUACACUCUGUACGACGAUAUGUUCACUUCUUGUACACAACACAGAAGAAAACUGUCUCUCGAGCUACCAUCAAACUGAACAAGUGUUUGUUACUCCUUGUCCUUCACUCACGCAUUUGGAGGCGAGGAAUUGGUGGGUAGGAGAGCAAAAGCACCCCACCUUUUUCAGUCUCCAUCUACCCGCUGCAUCCGUUUCUAUCGACUGUUGUUUUAGCGCACCUUUCAUUCUUUCUAUCUCUGAUUAUACCCGCAAGUGGUAUAAGUUAAUCUACCUGUUCACAUUAUGUUCACAUAAUUCUGUUCUAUCUAUCUAUCUAUCUAUCUAUCUAUCUAUCUAUCUAUCUAUCUAUCUAUCUAUCUGUUCAUAUCUCUUCCUCUCUCUGUUCAUAUCUAAUCCUGUUCAUCUAUCUAUUUAUUCAUAUCUAAUUCUGUUCAUCUAUCUAUCUAUCUAUUCCUAUCUAAUUCUGUUCCUAUCUAUCUAUCUAUCUAUCUAUUCUGUUCACAUCUAUCUGUACAUUUGUUCCUAUCUAUCUAUCUAUCUAUCUAUCUAUCUAUCUAUCUAUCUAUCUAUCUAUCUAUCUAAUUCUGUUCCUCUCUCUUCUGUUCAUUAUCUAUUUAUUUUUUGCACAUUUGUCUGUUUGUAUCUAAUUCUGUUCUUAUCUAUCUAUCUAUCUAUCUAUCUAUCUAUCUAUCUAUCUAUCUAUCUAUCUAUCUAUUCCGUCUUUAAAUCAAAUAAUUUGUCCAUUUCCCACCUUUUUCUCCUCGUGCGGUGCAUAACAACUGACCUUUUUCAUCCCUUCUCUCCGCGCCGGCCAUUUUUACUCUCCGGCUUUCACUUUCUCUUUAGUGACAAGCUUUUGCAAUUUCGCAUUUCUUUUCACUUUUCUUUUUGCUCUCUUUUUUUCCUUUUCUAUACUUUAUUUCUCUCUCUCUCUCUCUCUCUCUCUCUCUCUCUCUCUUUUUUUUUUCUCACUUUCAGCAUUUAA